AUGCACACCGCCAGAUUUGGAGGGGGAUUUUUUUUUUUUUUUUUUUUGGUUUGUCUCACAAAAAAAUUCGCUCUGAAAAUGAAAAGAGCGGCAUGCUGCGAGCCCUCUAGACACCUCGUUACCAGCCCCAAAAAGUCCAUUUUAAAUAUGUUAAGAUUCAACCUGAAUGGUAUGGUUCUCAACUAUGGAUGUGUGUCCAUGAGAAUACCGGGAAGGAGGACGAUACGGCCCGGAAUGGUCGCGGUACGUCGUUUCUCAUCGCCAUCUCAUGAUGAGAAUUCGCCCUAUUCAGCAUCAUCUUCCCCUCACUCAUCGGGGGCUCUGACAUCUUCUAACUCAUCCUCUACAACCCUGAUGCACCCACGAUCAUCUCCUCUCCCCUCACCAAUCCUUGAAGAACUUGAAGACAUCUCAAGGUUGGCCAAACCAACCCCGGUGGAACGUGACAUCUUGGUGCUUAAUCCGGCCAGAAUUGAUCCACAAAAACGAUCCCGGAUCUUGUAUGGAAAGCUUUCCGACCGAUCAUCCAUGACAUCACGAAUUUCCAACGAACGUAAACAACCACAAUUUUCGUUCAAUUUGGACGAUGAAUCAAGCCCGAGGGACUUCAUUGUUGCCAUAGAUAACAUCAGAGACACCUUGGGGGCCACCAUAUCUUCACAAUUGGAAAUGACCAAAGGUUCUAAAAUCAUGAUCACAAACCGGAACUCGCAAAAAUUGAGAACCGGAACUGGGAUUUCCGGUCCCGUGAAAACAACAUCCAUCACCAAAUUAAGAUAUGGACAACUUGAAAAGCAACUUUCACUGUCGUUCACCGUGGCUCAACUUCGAGAAUAUCUCAAGAAUAAAGGGAUUGGUGGAGGGUCGAAAAAGACCAAGAAACAGCUCAUCCACGUGAUCAUUUCCGAGGGUUGGAAGCUUGAAAAAUCGGACAAGGUGACCGAUUUCAGUGAUUUAAUCGAGUCUAGAAACUUUGCCAUUUCCGCAGCCGAUCUUUUCUUGUUGGUGCUGGCCAAUGCGUUCAUCUUGAAGUAUUUAUCGAGAACCGGGUGCAGAAUUCUGAUCGAUCAGACCGAAAAUUCGAUCCGGUUUGCCGGAACUUCGACUCAAUUGCAAAAUGCUGAACUUAUUUUGAAUGUUAUGUUGAACCGGACGAACCGGGAGAACGUAGAUUUGAGUGUGAUUAGAGAGUUAUACUUGGAGAAGUUUGGAAAGUUUGAUGUGAGGGGAGUUUCGGAGACUUCCGAGGUUUAUUUUGAGAAAAGGAGACUGGAGCAGGAGCAGGAACAAGAACCUCUGGAACCUCUGGAACCUCUGGAACCUGUUCCUGAGGUUCUGGACAAGUCCACCACUCUGGGAAAGACUCUGGGUCCUGUCCCCACCGCUUCAAUGGCUGACACCUCAGUCUAUUCUCUCGUUGCACUUACGAAAACUCAACUAGAAAGAGCCAAACGUCUCCUUCUUUGGCUUCUCAAUUACAACACUCAUCUCAAGGAAACCCUUGUUACCGUCCCAUCGAACCAACCAACCACACAUCUCCCCUACAUGGACGACCUGUCCCUUCCCUGGAACAUCCGUAGCAAACGUCUUUACAGAGUGAGAGCACAAACAAACAACGUCUACGUCAAUAAGCUCGUGGCUGCCGACCUUGAACGGUUCUCAGAUGAGAACUUGUCCCUGGAAGCCGUAGAAGCACUCUCCAUUGAAGACGCCAAGAUGAUCCCUGAGGGUCAACGUGGCGAUCUCUUGGACUUGGGAGAGUCCACCUGGAAGUUACUCCAAGACUUGGGGAUCUCAGAGGAGGAUUUACGUAAUGAGCAUGACAAUGACAAGGGUACCAAGUUGGACAUAUCAGAAGAUGGGGUCACCACCACCAGUUCUCCUGCCGUCACUGUGGAUGACACUACACCUACCCCCCCUGGCACUGUACCUACAACAACCAUCCCGUCGCCCCUCCUCUCCACUCUCCACUCUUCCAUCACAGACUUUUCCUACAGGGAAACCCUUCAUGGCUUACCCUCGUCCUCCAUCAACCCACCCAUCUUCACUACAACCUUGGGGACCGUGCUAUUCGAAAGCAAGGACAACACAGACGCAUACCAUUUCAACUCCAACGUUCCCUUUGUGGCAGACCAAAUCCUUUCGAAGGGGUUCUUCUCCGGCAGCGCCGCUUCCCAGGACUCCUCAGACCCACACUACUACUCCAUCCAGCUCAAGUUCUUGCCCAGUCCGUACCUGGGCCACGACGACACCAAAUACCCACCGGUGGAGAUGUUUGUCGAGUUGAACGACCACAAGAAGCCCGACUUGGAGACCUUGAGCUUGGUCACGGUCGAAGGCGAGAACAACUGCUACGUGUCCUUGCCGGACCUCAAGGUGGACCUCAAGGUCAGUUGCCAGGUGUCUGGAAACAUCUUGGAAGAAGAGGAGGUUGCCACCACCACCGCCUCCACUCCAGGCCCUCUGGCCGACGACACGUCCUUCCUCUCGUUGCUCAACUCCACCUCCACCAAGUUCUCCAAGUUCAAGAACCAGCCGGGACUCGACCUUUUCUUUGCCGCGGCCAAGCUUGACUUCAGCGGACACUCGAGAACGUACAUUCCACCACACCUAGACUUGUGCAUUGACGGCAAGACGGUGCGGUACCAGUACAUCAACAUGGUGUACCGCCGGACUCUCGACAUGAAGGUGGGCGACCGGGACGUCCAGUUGAACGUAGUGGAAGGAGGCUCGCUCGGCGGGCGCAAGCUCGAGGUGAACUUGAUUGGCGACGUGGAAGGAGACGUAGGAGAAGAGUCGUUGAAGGGAUUGUUGGACGACACCAUAGCCAUUGCUACUAAUUUAUAGGCUCGCGAAACUACACGCGACUACUUGUACAUAGAAAUAAACAGAAGAGAAACACAGACGAACGUAGGGCAGCACUACUCCCU